UCUGGUUAGUUUGACUGUUGGUUCCUGGGUUACACUGUAGUUAAGCGGAAGGUAAACAUGCCGGCUUUUAUAAAGGUUGGACCGUCGUUGUAAGCCGUAGAUGUUUAAAUUAAACCGGUACCAGUCCGUCCAGUUGACAUUGACGCACAGUUACCUGAUUGUGUCACCAUGUGGGUCUUCGGUUAUGGGUCCCUGAUCUGGAAAGUGGACUUCCCAUAUGAGGAGAAGAGAGUCGGUUACAUAAAGGGCUUCAGCCGCCGGUUCUGGCAGGGCAGCACCGACCACCGCGGAGUCCCGGGAAAGCCUGGUCGUGUUGUUACUUUGGUUAAAGAUCCUGAGGGGUGCGUUUGGGGCGUCGCCUACAAGCUUCCGACAGGCCAAGAGCAGGAGGUAAAAAGCUACCUCGACUACCGCGAAAAAGGCGGCUACCAGGUCAUCACGGUGACCUUCUACCCCCGUCCUCAGUCCAACCACUCGCCGAGCCCGACGUUGCUGUACAUCGGCAACGAGGACAACCCAAACUACCUCGGCCCUGCUCCCUUGGAGGAAAUAGCCAGUCAGAUCCUGAAAUCCACUGGUCCGAGUGGUAAAAACACAGAGUACCUGUUCCAGCUGGCUGAAGCAGUGAGGUCUACCAUGCCUGAGGAUCCAGACAGGCAUCUGUUUUCUCUUGAAGCAAUAGUGAGAGAACGGCUACAAAAGAACAACAAACAAUGAAAAUAGUUUGUCAAGAUUAGAUAAAGCAUUUUAUUUAUUAAGAAAACCAGAUUCGUCAAUGUUAAAAAUACUCAUAGAAAUUGAAAUGAUUCUGGUCUUUAAAAGAAAUGUUAAACUCAUGAUUGCACCUUAGGUAGAAGAACCGAUGCUUAAUUUUAAUCUAUUUCUAAAAACACAUUGCUCAGGUAAACAAUGUGUUCAAAUGGAUGUUUAAAAUGCUUUACCCACACAUGACCUUCAAUAUGUUUUUUAAUAAAAGCAAAGAAAACAAA